CCUGCUACAACGAAAUGAAAGUAAACCAAUAACCGGACAGUAACAUUUUGGAGCGCAUUGUAGUCAGAGGAGAAAUAGUUGUAUAUGAGAAUAAAUAAAUAAAUAUGUAAUCGAUCUAUAUCAGGAGUCCUACACAAAGAGGGGCAUGCUUCAGCUAUUGCUGAUUCAUCUUGUCUGACCUGUCGAAGAUGGAGGAAGGGAUGGAUUCUCAAAGAGGCGUGGCUGCUGAAGUCAAGCCAGAGGCUGUAAAGAAUGAUGUUCAAAACACAAACUUAACAGAUGGAAAAGAUGAACUCUUUUGUGGACCACAUACAAAUGACACUACAACAGACUGUGCAGAGAACACACAAGAGGAUGUAGCAUCUCAGACUUCGAUGGACUGUGGGCCUGCAGGUGUGUUGGAGGAAUCUGUUCUUGCAGGCAGCAGAAGUAACACAGCGCAAACGCAGUGUUCUAAUGGACAGAAAUCCAAGAGGUCCUCUUCACCUGGUCCUCACCCUGUUAAAACAACCUGUGCUACUGCACACUCUCCAAAUCCAAAACUCACCCUCUGUCUUAGUAAUAGUCCCAGGAAGGGUGUCAGUACACCCAGCGAUGUCGAGAUGUUGAGUCCGGACAGCCCCAUCUGUAAAACCGUGCUCCUCAACAGCUCUGCAGACAAGGAUCAGGAUGGCAGUAUUUCUGCGGGGGACUCUGGUUUUGCAAAGGAAUCCCAGCAGUUUGUCAAAGACUCUGAUACUAUAUGUUCGGCCAAAGAGAAAGUCCAUCCGGUUACCAUGGGAACUGAGGAUGCUGAGAUAGCUGAGCACAGUGGCUGUUCUGAUAUGAGCCAGGACUUAACUGGAAGUCAAUCAGAUGCACUUUACGAAAGUGUUUCAUUUGCAUUGCAUAACAUGGACAGAGGAUGGCUGGGGACACCUAUAGACGAGCUGAACAGAAUGCCCCAGUGUGCCCCCCCUCUGUCUCAUCUGAAAGCAGCGGCUAACCACACUGUCACAGUCAGAACAGAUCUCCUCAGAGAGGGAGAGGUCCCUGUUCCGUACCCUAGCAAGUUCAAAGAUGCGUGGGAUGACGUGUCAGUGAAGAUGCCCUGCUCUGAGAAGAAUCUGUUUCCUAUGGAGACUGAGGAUGGAGGUGGAGUCCAAAGUCGGUGGGAGCUGAUCCACACUGCCUUGCAGGGAGGGUUCAAGAGUUCUCUGGAUGUGAGGGAUGCAAUUUUGCGAUACAACACAGCCCACGCAAAGAAAUGGGACUUCACUGCUUUGAACCUUCUCUGCACAGAGUAUCUUGAGCAUUCUGAAUUACAACUCCUGUUUGAGGCCGUUCUACCAGCUAUGGUUGACUUGGCGCUCAGUGCUCCUGUCCUCUGCACGAUGCCAAUCCCCCUACUGAAGUCUAGGACGAACCACUCCUUGACUCUGUCUCAGGAGCAAAUAGCCUGUCUUCUGGCCAACGCCUUCUUCUGCACAUUCCCCCGACGCAACUCCCGCAAGUCAGAGUACUGCAAUUAUCCUGAGAUCAACUUCUACAGGUUAUUUGACGGUUCUUCAACAAGAAAAAUAGAGAAAUUGAGGACUCUGCUGUGUUACUUCAGGAGAGUAACACAGACUAAGCCCAAGGGUCUUAUUACAUUCACAAGACAAGUACUGAACAAUCCUCCAAACUGGGAAAGUUCCCAGACUCAGUUGAAGCGCCUUCAUAUCACUUGUGAGGGAACAAUUGAGGAUGAUGGAUACGGGAUGCUGCAGGUGGACUUUGCCAACAGGAUGGUGGGUGGUGGAGUAACAGGACAUGGACUGGUCCAGGAAGAGAUCAGGUUCGUCAUCAACCCUGAACUCAUUGUCUCGCGGCUCUUUACCGAAGCUUUGGAAUACAAUGAAUGCCUCAUCGUCACAGGAACUGAACAGUACAGUAAAUAUUCUGGCUAUGCUGAGAGUUACAAAUGGAAGGCCAGCCACAAAGAUGAGACAGCCAGGGAUGACUGGCAGAGACGCUGUACAGAGAUUGUGGCCAUUGAUGCUCUUAAAUUCAGGCACUUCCUCGAGCAGUUCCUCCCUGAGAAGAUGACCAGAGAACUCAACAAGGCGUACUGUGGAUUCUCCAGAAAUAACGCCAACAGCAAGCACCUCUCUGCACUAGCCACAGGCAACUGGGGUUGUGGAGCUUUUGGUGGAGACACACGGCUCAAAGCGCUGAUCCAGUUGAUGGCUGCAGCAGAGGCUGGGAGAGACGUGGCGUACUUCACAUUUGGAGAUGCUCAGCUCAUGAGAGAUGUUCAUGAAAUACACACCUUCCUCACAGAGAGACAAGUCACCGUCGGGAGGCUGUACAGCCUUUUAAACCAGUACUCCAGUUUGGUGUGCAAGAAUUGCCGCACGCCCCGACCUGACGUCAGCCUCUACAGUUUCAUCUAUGAAAAAGUCUCUUCCUCCGUGCUGGGUGACGCUCCGGACUCUGCCAAGGAUUCUGGGAUGUCCCUUGUAACAUCGGACUCUCACUAAUGUGGACAGAGCUGCAAGUUAACCUCCCUCCCCCUCGUCUUGCUGUGUAAAAGAGACUCCAGGUUCACAAACCUCAGUGUGCUCUCAGCCAUGUGCUAACAAUCACUUUUUCUCUCACACACACUCCCUUUAAGUUUGUGAUCCCAACACACAAACUACCAAAACACAGUUUUGCCUUUCUCGUUGGUGGUAUUAUAGGAGCCUCGUAGUGAGUCACCACAUGUGGUGAAAUGUUUCAGAGACUUAUAGCAAUAGUAAAAUCCUGGUUGCUGUUAGGCCUUUCUUUAGUCUAAAUGUGAUGUGGAAUUAUUUUGUUUUUACACUAAUUACAAAUAUGGCCAAAUAUUCAUCAUAUGCAUGAUUGUGACACUUUUCAUUAUGAAUAAUCUAGGACAUGAUACUCAUCACUAGAUAUCUCAUCCUAUAUUGUGUUUGCUACUUAUUUUGGAUGAGUAAUUUUCUCUGUUUACCAUACCCAGGCUGUGGUGAGGUUCCUGAAUGCAGAGAGGUGAUGAGAUGCCAUAUAGUAGUCUAUGCAUGGGUAACAUUUA